ACUCUUCUUCUCUCCAUUUAUCUUCUCUUUUAAGCCUUCUCUACUCCAAGCUCUCGUUUUACCAGAAAAUUACAUACAGUGAGGCGCAGAUCUUUUGGAAUUUUAUUUAGAUUUCGAUUCAUUUACAGAGAUAACAGUUGUGAAUGGGCAUCGAGAGAACAGAGGAGAAGAACAACAAGAAGAAGAAAGGAAUUUUGCAAUUGGGGAAUUACGAGUUGGGGAGGAAUCUCGGGGAAGGGAAUUUCGGUAAAGUUAAAUUGGCUAAGAGUCUCCAUUCCGGUCUCCCUUUCGCCGUCAAGAUCCUUGAAAAGUCUAAGCUCAUUCAACUCAACAUCGCCGAUCAGAUAAAGAGAGAAAUCGCCACUUUGAAACUGCUCAAGCAUCCUAACGUUGUUCGCUUACAUGAGGUAUUGGCAAGCAAAACCAAGAUUUACAUGGUCCUAGAGUACGUAACUGGAGGGGAAUUGUUCGUCAGAAUUGCAUCCCAAGGGAAGCUUUCUGAAGCUGAAGGAAGACAUUUCUUCCAGCAGUUAAUUGAUGGUGUUAGUUACUGUCACAACAAAGGCGUUUUCCACAGGGAUCUUAAGCUGGAAAAUGUUCUGAUUGAUGCAAAAGGGAACAUAAAGAUAUCUGACUUUGGUCUCAGUGCAUUGCCUCAACAUAUUAGGGAGGAUGGCUUACUGCACACAACAUGUGGAAGUCCAAACUACGUUGCACCAGAGAUACUGGCAAAUAGAGGGUACGAUGGUUCCACUUCAGACAUAUGGUCAUGCGGCGUCAUCCUAUAUGUAAUUCUCACUGGAUAUCUCCCUUUUGAUGAUAGAAACCUUGCAGUUCUGUAUCAAAAGAUUUUCAAAGGGGAUCCUCCGAUUCCAAAAUGGUUAUCACCUGGAGCUCUGAACAUGAUAAGAAGGAUACUUGAUCCAAACCCUGAAACCAGGAUAACAAUGGCGGGUAUCAAGGAAGAUGGAUGGUUCAAGCAAGACUAUACUCAUGCAGUUCCUGACGAUGACGAAGAAGACACUAUAUACAUUGAUGACGAAGCCUUCUCAAUGUGUGAAGUGGGGUGUGAUGGAAGGAGUCAAGAAUCACCCUCUCUUAUUAAUGCUUUCCAGUUGAUAGGAAUGUCUUCAUGCCUAGACCUUUCUGGUUUCUUUGAGAAGGAGGAUGUCUCUGAAAGGAAGAUUAGAUUUACAUCCAAUCUCAAAGAUUUGCUCGCAAGGAUCCAAGACACGGUUACAGAGAUGGGAUUUCGAGUCCAAAUGAGAAACGGAAAGCUGAAAGCAACACAAGAACCCAGAGGCCAAAAACGUCUUGGCAGUCUCUCAGUUGCAGCUGAGGUGUUUGAUAUAAGCCCUUCAUUGUAUGUUGUGGAAUUAAGGAAAUCACAUGGUGAUUCUACAGUUUAUAGACAGUUGUGUACAAAGCUGGCAAAUGACUUGGGAAUUCCUCGAGGCCAUGGCCUGGUGUCCACAGAAGCUUGAUGGAUCGACUCCAGCAACAGUUCAGAAUUCUCAGGGGUGAAUAAGUAGGCUACUUAUUUUAUGCUAU